UGAGCUGUAAAAAGUAAGCAAUGAUCACGUUGAUUGGAGGGCGGAACUUGUUGCACCUGUUCAACUUGUUUAGGAGGCUGGAGCCGACUUAUCCAAACAGCCUGUGUUAGGCCAGGAUUUGUGCAGAACAUACACUGGCUCUCAUGCUGAAUAACACUCUGUAAUUAACUUGGCAGAGCAAAGAGGUGGUUUCAUUUCAGUGCCUAUGACUAUGGGCGGAGGAUCACCCAGGAUUACUGGCAAACCUUGCCGUACAUCGCUCCGUGUUUAUUUCAUUUUGCUUGCUUGUUUUCCAAAUGUGUUUAUGCCGGCGGCCGCGGCGGCCUCUGGAAACAGUACGACUUUCAGUAAUCCGGAGACAGUGAGCAGUGGGCAGCAUCAAGACUCCAACCACUAUUACGGCUCCACGACCUCUGCAAGCCAGGAUGAGAGACUCAGUGUGUUCUCUCUGAAUUACUACCAUGUACAGGUUCCCUUCGAGAUCACCUUGUGGAUAGUGCUGGCCUCUCUGGCCAAAGUUGGAUUUCACCUUUUUCAUAAACUCUCAACUUACGUGCCAGAGAGCUGUUUGCUGAUCAUUAUCGGGCUAUUAGUGGGAGGAAUCAUCUUUGGAGCUGAAGUGCGAUCUCCUCCUGUUAUGAGCACAGAUGUCUUUUUCCUGUACUUGCUGCCUCCCAUUAUCUUGGAUGCUGGUUACUUUAUGCCUGGCAGGCUUUUCUUUGAAAACAUUGGGACCAUCUUAUGGUAUGCUGUGAUUGGCACCAUAUGGAACAUAGCUGGCAUCAGCCUGUCAUUAUAUGGGAUAUGUCAGAUUCAAGUUUUUCAAUUAAGUGACAUUACACUCCUGCAAAUCUUAGUGUUUGGAAGUUUGAUCUCGGCUGUAGAUCCAGUUGCAGUUUUGGCUGUCUUUGAAGAAAUUCAUGUAAAUGAACAGCUUCAUAUCUUGGUAUUUGGAGAGUCACUGCUUAAUGAUGCUGUCACUGUGGCUCUGUACCACUCAUUCAAGGAGCUCUGCCAGAUGCGCACUAUUAUAGCUGUGGAUAUCUUUGCUGCAAUUGCCCAAUUCUUUGUGGUGAGCAUUGGCGGCGUAGUGGUUGGAAUUAUCUAUGGAUUUGUUGCAGCUUUCACCACCCGCUUCACUCAGAAUGUUCGCAUAAUUGAGCCACUGUUCGUCUUCCUGUUCAGUUACCUUUCCUACCUGACAGCAGAAAUGUUCCACAUGUCUGGUAUCAUGGCAUUGAUAGCCUGUUCUAUGAGCAUGAAGCGCUACGUAGAAGAAAACAUUUCGAUGAAGUCCAGCACCACUAUUAAGUAUUUCAUGAAGAUGUGGAGCAGUGUCAGUGAGACUCUCAUUUUCAUUUUCCUUGGGGUAUCGACAGUCACGGAAAAGCAUGAAUGGAACUGGGCGUUUGUUUGCUUCACCUUAUUAUUCUGCUUAUUGUGGCGUGCGCUAGGUGUACUUGUACUGACUUGGAUUAUUAACAAAUUCCGUAAACUAUUAGUCACCCGCAAGGAUCAAUUCAUCAUCGCCUAUGGAGGGUUGCGUGGAGCCAUUUGCUUUUCCCUUGUUUUUCUACUCCCGUCUCAUGUCUUUCCUCGGAAGAAUUUGUUCAUCACGGCAACCAUUGUGAUUAUAUUCUUCACCGUUUUUAUUCAGGGAAUGACUAUCCGCCCAUUGGUUGCAUUUUUGGAAGUUAAAAAAUCAAAUCAGCAGCGGCCAACAGUGGGUGAAGAGAUUCACAUUCGAUUAUUUGACCAUGUGUUGGCUGGAGUUGUGGACGUCUGUGGACAAUGGAGUCACCACAACCUAAGAGACAAAGCCAGGAAGUUUGAUCGCAGUUAUUUGGCCAAGCUCUUGAUUCGGGGUAAAGAACCGAAGAAUAGUAUUGUUGCUCUUUAUAAGAAGCUGGAAUUAAAACAUGCCAUUGAAAUGGCUGAAUCAGGUGAACUCAGCAAGGUGUCAUCAUCUGCAUCUCUGCUGGGUAAAAUACCCAAAGAGGUUCAAAAUAUUUCCUCAGAUGAAUUGAAGAAUAUGAAAGAAAUCUUGGCUAAGAGUCUGUACCGGAUCAGACAAAGAGCACCAUCAUACAACAGGCACAGUCUGCCAAGAGAGACCGCCGAGAAUCAGGUCAAAGAAAUCCUAAUCCGGCGACACGGGAGUCUUCGGGAUAGUAUGCGCAGUACUACCAGAGCCCGGAAGUCUGGUGCAGUAAAGAGUCGUCCAUUUCCGCAGUCUCAAAGUGCCAGAAUUCCUUCCAGAGCCCCAAAGAGGAACACAGCUUUCACAGUGGGUGAAGACAUUAACUCGGAAACAGAAUCUCUGCAGCUAAGGAACUUAUCGCAGUCCAUAAUUGGCUCGGGUUCUCGUCAGAGCCCAAACCGAAUGGAGUGGACAAAUGAAGUAAAAGCAGAGGACAGUAGGUCUAACUCUGGUCGAGAUGAAGGUGGAAGACGUCAAGCACUGAUGCCAAGGGUACGAUUUAGUCAACCCGAAUCCCAAGACUGUGAAAGUGGAAGAAACCGGCAAGGGUUUGUUGAAAUCGCACCAGCUGAUCAGAUAGAGGAAGAUACUCACGAGGAAGACCAUGAAAUCGACGAUCCCUUGCUAAGAAAACCAAAGUGAUUCCAACCAAUAGUUGGAUCGCACCGCUGAGUUACUGUUUGCUUGAUUCAUGAUAUUACAGUACUUGCAGGAACAAGUUAUGUUUCAAAAAUUUUGUGUUAGUAAAACAAAUUCAAUUCUGAUAAGAAAUUCAUUUUCCCCUGCUCAUGGAUCUUAACAAUCCUAACGAUUGCCAUGUCAGACUGAUCUGUUGAUUUUAAUUGAAAUGUUUUUUUUAAUUGAAAUGUUGUUUUUAACUGAGCAUAUCUAGUUUAUAACAUGUCAUAUAAAUCACCGAUAUUGAUUACUCUUCAGUUGGCAUUUCCCCAGGCAGUAUCAUGGCUAUUAGUGUUACAAAAGUCAUUUUUAUUUUAAGGCUUCGCUGAGGGGAAAAAUGUUUUUCCAUGGUUUCUAUUCAACCAACUAGUUUUGUUGUUCAUGUUCAAUCAAUGGAGCCAAGCUACGACUUGGUUCUUGUCUGGCAUCAAUCGGAAGAAGGGUCUCGACCCGAAACGGCACCCAUUCCUUCUCCAGAGAUGCUGCCUGUCCCGCUGAGUAACUCCCGCAUUUUGUGUCUACCUGACAUCUUAAGAAGUUCUCAAACGGCAAUCAAAACUGAUGGUAGGAGAUCAGGCACACUCCAUAAUGCCUAUUCUUUGCUAUUUAUCUCGUAAAUUCAAAAGCUGAUUGCUGGUUUUUAAUUUUUUCUGAUUGUUGAGGUUAAUUCUUACUUUUGGCUAACUUUGCACGUGACCCAGUGCUUUCCACCUCCCUCCACAUACUUGUGUUUUGGAAAAUUGUGCCAUUCCAUAGUUCUCUUCCCUCCCCAUUCUCUCCUCUCUUCCAUGAUUCCAAUCACCAUCCUCUGGCCAUCCCGUCCCACCUGCUUUUCCUCCUUUCAUCCUCGCCUCUCCCUCAUUCUUUCUGUUGCUGGGUCCAACAGAUUAAUGCAGUUAUUACCUGUGGCCUUGCCUAGCAUGAAUGUCGAAGUGAAGAACACAAGAUUUCCUAAUGGAUGACAUUUUUUAAAUUCUAUAAUUGCAACAUCCGUGAGGAAAUGUGUAAAGGCAGAAAUUGAAAAGAUCCUUAUCUGCUUCAUGUUGAAACUGCUGUGAAAUUGCUGGUGCAAAUAUUAUGUUCACAGAAAAUGUCACUUCUAUUUAUAGGAAUAUCUACUUUAUCAACUGUAUUGGUUCUAAUUGGAAUAUUUGAUGCAAUUAGAUUUUAAACCUUAAUUAAACUACCUUGUAUUGAAAUAAUAA